UCUCCCACGUUCUCUCAACGGCCUCCCUAGCCCGCGCGUUUCUCGCUCCGUCGACCUCUGCAAGGCCGACACCACAUUCGUUCCCCACGCACACAUUCGCUUGUUGACGAACACAUCCUACAAUCAGCAUGUUCUCGACCCUUGUUGCAGUCUCGACGCUCCUCGUCGGUGCGAACGCGCUCACGCCGAACAACAUCAUGCGGCGUGACAACUCCCUCACCUCCCUCAAGUACACCAGUGUCGGUGGAUCUGGCAGCUACAACAAGGUUACCGACCUUGUCCCCGGUGAUUGGCCGUCUUGCACCGUGAGCGACUACUGCCAGACGGAGAGCGUGACAGUAUCGGGCAACAUCGCGCCCUUUGCUGAGGAACUUACGGUCGCCUUCCGUGGUCCGAUGACGAUCUCCAACAUUGCCGUCUACCAGCCGUCUAACAGCUCCGCAGCUACCUGGUCGCAGGUCAGCUCCUGGACCGCCGGCGGUGCCGCCAAUAACCUGGUGUUCAUGAACAACAAGGGCGGAGGCCUCUCCGGUGAAUGGUCUGUCUGCGGUGGUGCCAGUCAGUCGUAUGCCAACGGUACCUGGGACGGUGCUGCCGCGUCGCCCAUGGAUUCCGUCAUGGAUGGUAACCUCCCCGCCGGUGAGGAAGUGAACAUCGUGACCGGUAACGCCUGCAACUCGACCAACGCCUGCUCCGCCUUUACGCGUGGCACGGCUAACCAUGGCUGGGCCGACUCGAAGAUGUUCGUUGUGACCGCGCAGAUGCCCGACUCAUCAGACGCGUCGCAGGUGCCCGCGAUCUGGGCAUUGAACGCACAGGUCGUCUGGGCAGCGCAGUACGGCUGCAACUGCCGUAACGAGGGUCCCGUUGGCUGCGGUGAGCUCGACAUCGCCGAGGUGCUGUACGGCACCGGUGAUGACCCGACGGCCGCCAUCUCGGAGAUCUACUCGUUCAAGGGUGCUACGGGUUCUGGCGCGUCUGCGUUUGCGCGCCCCGUCGACAGCCCCACGACGUUCGCGGUCGUCUUCGACGAGUCGUCCGACCAGAUCUCCAUCCAGGAGCUGACGGAGUGGGACUACACCCAGACGGCCGUCACGCGCAGCAUCGUCAGCGGAUACCUCGAUGCGAGCGGUGGUGAGACCGUCUCGUUCAGCUCGAACUCGCGUCGCGCGGACAAGCGCUCCAUCUUCGGUGCGCACCACCGUCGCCGCAACCACUGAGCGCGAUGAUCGACCGGUCUCCCUCCCCCUCCCUUACAUCGCCUGUUGUAGCCGCUUCCUUGGCCGCUUCCCUCGCGGUCUCUCUCUUUCUUGUCCUUCCUAUCCCACAUCGUUAGAUGCUUUACCCCUUCAGUGUCUAUUCUUCCCUAUAUUCUUUCGUACGUACGCCGUGAUUUAUUACCUACCCGCGCUCUCCCUGGCUGCUCAGACAGUCGCGGCAGCGCGUCUUCUUCCCUCGGGCGCGCCAGCCGUCGCCGCGUGGCGCUCGGUCGCUGCGUCUCCCCACCUUGCCGGUUCCCCCAUGCAUAGAGCUGCCUGAUGCUGCCCCCUGCCUCGCACACGCACGCACGCUGUCUGACGCUACUAGCCUACUUUGUUGUAGCACGCCAUGUUCAUGUCGGUGCGCGGAUGUUGUUCGCAUUGUCUUUUUAUACGUAUGUGAUGGUCGUGUUGUUGUUCAAUUAUUGGCAAUGAUACAGGUGAGAUAUUUGGAUGAA